UAAACAAAUUUCCAAUUUAUGUCUCUAUUUGCUCAUUCAGUCUUUCAUUUCUGUCACACAUUCUCAGUCAACUCUCAAUCCUCGCCGCCGGUGGCUGACUCGUCGCCGGCGUACACUGCUGUACGACUCUUUUUCAGCCACGCUAUGGAGUUUAUUCUUUCUGGAAAGAAAGCUGGCUAUUUUCAAUAUCCAUCCAAUCUGCCAACUUCAAUUUGUGCACAAUGUGCGAAAAACAUGCUUGGUAGUGAAAUUGGGGAAUGCUGCUCAUCAAUAUAUUGGUAGAAGAAUAUGGUUAAUUGGUUGCUAUUCAGUAGGAUUGGAGGAAACAGUUUUCUCAAUGGAUGUCAGUUAGGAUUUAGGUACCAGCAGAAGUGUAGUUUAGUGAACAUAAAGUUGAAGUGGGUGAAAGAUAAAGCACUUGAUGCUGUUGUGAACGAUGACAGGGAUCUCAAAGCAGCCUGCAUUCUUGUUACCAUUAUAUCCUCAACACCUCAAUGCUGCCUCCCUAUACAUAGCCUCUCCCGUCAUCGUGGACAACUUGGUCUUCCUUGUGAUCUUAAGCUCUCGACCUUUAUUAGGAGAUAUCCUUCUGUUUUUAUUGAGUCACAUAGUCUUGACACCGGAGGAACUCGUGUCCCCUGUUUCAGUUUAACUUGUGAAGCCCUAAAACUGCACCAAGAAGAACUCCACAUCCUCAAGCAUACUCAGACUGAUCUACUUGAUAGACUCCGCAAGCUUCUCAUGCUCACCAGAAAUUGGACCCUUCCUUUGCAAACCAUAGACCAGCUAAAGUGGGAUUUGGGAUUGCCAUAUGAUUACCAUGAUUCACUUAUUCCUCAUCAUAAUGAUCUGUUUUCUUUUGUUCGGCUUCCUGAUGAACGUGUUGGCUUGAAGCUUAGAAAUUGGGAUGAUGGCCUUGCUGUCUCCCAAUUGGAGAAGAGCUAUGUUUCACAACAGAAGGAAGAUGACCAGCAAAAUGGUUGCUUGGCCUUUCCAAUUGGAUUCACUAGGGGUUUUGGUUUGAAGAGGAAAUGCAUGGACUGGUUAAGAGAGUGGCAGACACUCCCCUAUACUUCUCCAUACUUGGGUGCUUCCCAUUUGGAUCCCCGUACUGAUGUCUCUGAAAAGAGGAUUGUUGGAGUCUUUCAUGAGCUUCUUCACCUUACCAUUCAAAAGAAAACUGAGCGUAAGAACGUCAGUAACCUACGUAAGCCACUAGCUCUUCCCCAAAAAUUUACUAAAGUUUUUGAGCGUCAUCCUGGCAUUUUCUACAUAUCUAAGAAGUGUGACACUCAGACCGUUAUUCUAAGAGAGGCCUAUGAAGGUCAGCAACUGUUGCAGAAACACCCCCUUCUGGAAAUCAGGGAAAGGUUUGCAACAAUGCUUAGAGAAGGGCAACUGGACAGGAGCAGAGGGUUGUACAAGAAAACUACAGGUUUUCAUCUAGAAGGGGAUCCAUCAAGACAUGUUUAUCAUAUUGGAAUUGGUGAUCAUUGAUUAAUGCUAAUGUUCAUUAUAAUGUUUUCAAGUAUCACUAAUAUAGCCCCCUACAUCAUCCUUGUUGACGCAAUUAUCCCUGGCAAACAAUUUUUAUGUGAUGGUGAGUUAAAGCACAACAGCAAUCGCAGAUGAAUUUUUUGUUAGGAAUCUUGCAUAACAUCAUCAACGCAGUCCUUAGUGGAUCUUCAUUCUCAUGAGCUUUCAACUACGGGUUUCACUAGGAGGGGUAUCAAAUGAGUUACUUUUGAUGUCAUGUGUUUUCCAACGAUGAAAAUUCUUUGUUGACACGGAACAGAGAAUCUAUUGGAAGCUGGUACAAAUGUUUCUUUUGGGGUGUGGAUCGGAGGGGUUUGUUCAAUAUCCUAUGCCUUUAUAAUGUCAGGAUAAAAUUUUGGAAUGAAGUCUGCUCACACGAUGAUACACUCUCUCUUUCUUUUUUCUGAUACUUCAGCUAAACACCUAUAAAAACAGGUAAUAAGUGAAGGUAAUUCUUGGCUCUGCUAUUCUCUUACGAUACUAAUGGAUUUUUAGGAAUGAGUGCAUUUGAUUCUGUGAAUUUAUAUAGGUUCCAAAGAUGGUGGUAAUUGUGAUUACCGUCUGCUAGAAAAAUCCUCAACUUUCAGUACCUAUAAUCACUUCGUAAUGCCGUCUUCCAACAUUUUCCUUUUUAUUUUGAGAUGUAAUGCAGAACAAUCAGAGAGAAUAUAUACAUACAUACAUACAUAUAUAUAUAUAUAGACUGCGGAAUUAUUAGUUUGUUCAGAUAUGAAGUUGGGACUUGGGUUUUAAUUCUAAGACUAAUUUAUGAUGGUUUUACCUCAAAGAAAAACAACAUUAGCCUGUAUUUAUGCAUUUUUUAUGAACUAAUUAAUCUCCCAGGCAUUUUAAAAUUA